AUGCAUAACAUCUUCCUCGGUUUACUUCGUCAUCACGGCCUCAAUGCGUUGGGAUUAUUGUCAAAAAAGAAAUCAACAUCUUCUAGACAGAAAGUUAGCGAAGCAGAAGAGGACGAGUCUGAUACAUUGGAGCAGGUACUUGAGGAUUUCGAUUCAGACGAUGGUGGAUCUGACCAUGAAGAAACCGAGUCUCAAGCAUCAGAAUGCGUUGGUGAUCAAGUUGCGAACCAGUCACCCUCUGUAUGUGAAGACGCCUCGCCUGCCCCAGAAGAUGAUCUAUCACUUGCUUUUGGAAGCAUGGGUCUAGAAUACAAUACUACGCUUGACGCUGAGCAAGGUAUUCAUGACGAUCAAUCCGAACUUGAACCUUUCAUGGGAUUUUCAGAAGAUUCAGUUGCAGGAUGUGAAGAGGAGGAAGAGGAGUUAUCUGAUUAUGAAGAGGUUAAUCAACAAUAUAAUAAUAUUUUCAACAAAAAGAAGCACUUGAAUAUCCUGAGGGAAGUUAUACGGCAGGCCCAUCUCCCCUCUUGGAUCGGUCGAGUACCACAGACGGUAGGAUCAAGCAAAGGUGGUAAAUUAAAAGCAGAUGAAUGGGUUGUAUUAUAUGAGGUCAUGAUAAUUCCGGCCUUCAUACUUUUCUUCCAUAGAAAGGGUCAUCUUUCAUGCAUCACAGACCAUGAGAUUGUUCGAAAUACCCUUCAUCUCAUCAGUAUCCUCAAAAUUGUACGAAGAUUCGAAGUGCAAGAUAAAGAUUUGGGGGCUUUGAAAUACCAUAUAAAAAGCUAUCGACACGGACUCUCUGAACUGUUCACUUCACUUUCGGUGACUCCCAAUCUACAUAUGUUACUACACAUUCCUCAGGUAGUCAGGGUUUUUGGUCCUGCUCCUUAUUGGACUGCGUGGUCGUUUGAGGCAACAAAUGGAUCAUUGGCCAAGAUUCCAACUAAUAAUCAUGAUAAAGGCUCUAGGGAGUACACAAUACUGAAUAAGUGGACAACCGGUCAGAAUAUGCGCUGUGUGCUUCCGGACUUAUGCAAACAGCUACCGAAAAAAACGGCAGCAAAUCUCUCCAAAUUUUUGUCACCAAAGUGUACCGAUGGCAGCGCUUCUGCCUACCUUCGAGAAGGACGGGGUGGCCCAACGACACUCAGGUAUAAUCCCAAAAAGAAUGAAACUCUGGAUUAUGAUGCCCAUCUCCUUCUUCUCAGUCGCAUGAAAGAAAUUUAUGGCGACAAGGCAAUACUUUCCACUGACGUCUACAAGAAAUCCCAGCACAAUGAAGAUAAAAUUCUUAUAUCAAGAUGGGUCAAUCAAAUGGUUUCAGUCAAAUGUCACAAUGUAGUAUAUUCAACUAACAAGAAAAACCCGGGGAACAGCAUAGUUCUUUAUCCGAUACGUAUUUCCAAACACAAGAAAGGUUUUGUCUGGGGAAAAAUCAACGAAAUAUUCAUGACAAUAGUUCGUCGGGAUGGAAAUAUAGACCAGCAGAUUUGGAUUGACAUCUCUCGAUAUGCUACUUUGACGGCAGCUCACCAAAGAAAGCACGGGUUCACUGACUGGCCAUAUUCUGGAUUCAGUGUGGUGUACGAUAGAGAGAAAAAGAAAGAUAUGGUAAGAUUGGAUGAGAUUGUCGGUCAUGGUGCUUCUUGGGAAAAUCCGCAAGGCUGCUUUGGAAUCAAGGAGCCUACAUUGUUGAUUAUCAAUUUAUCAAAGACCUCGUGCACUGCAACUUGA